AAAUAAACCAGUUACAAUUAAUAACGCUCUCUGCAUGCCAUUGGUUAUUCCUUUAUAAAGUAAAAACCCAUGCCAAAAUGUUUCUGUCACGUUUCAUGACACGGUUUGUGAUUUGUAUUUUGUGAUUCUAUCAAGGCCGCAGUAGAGUUCAGAGUUUCCUAAUGAAGCUUUUGUUUUCUUUGGACACAGCUGCAUGAACUCAAGAAAAUCAUAAUGGAUUUUGUGAUCAAAAUGAAAGCGAUUCAGAUUUUUUUUAUUUAAUAAUGGAAAAUAAUUUUUGCUUGCAGUUUGUAAAAUUAAUUACGAAUCAAACGCUUAUUUGCAAAUGUUUACAUGUAAAAUGUGUGCUUGAUUAUACGUUGGUUUUUGGAUCCAUCUUAUUUUGAGGAUGGGACCAGGAAACCCAGAUUACACUUGAAGCUGAUUAAAUUAAAACUCAAACAUUUUCCAAUGUUUAUGCGGCCUCAUUGUCAUGCACGUACACAUCAUCUUGCAGCACUGCGGUCAAGCAGCUUAAACUCCAGGUACAGAAUGAAGCAUUAAAAAGCUUUUCAUUCAGUUUAAAGAAACAUGCCAAGGCCAUAAGCAAAGCAGCAGCGAAAAACUAAAAAGAAAGUUUAAUUUAUAAAUACUUUAUAGAACUAGUUACAUCAUGGUUUAGGUUAUUCCAAGGCAAUAAGCUGUAUAGUAUUGCAGUGAAAUACACUAUAUUACCAGGACUGCAUGCAAUUCACAUUAUUACAUUUUCUUUUGCAUGAUGAUCAUACAAAUUAUUUACUUUAUCAAAUGUGUCUAUAUCAGCAGUAACAGCACGAAAAAAGAAAAACCCUAAACCCGCCUUUGUUUUAAUAUCCAUGCUGCUGAAUUUGAUAUUACAUUCUGUGAUAACACAGCAGGAUAAUUCAAGGUUUCCAGAACUGGAAAGACCGAAGCUGAGUAAAGCCCUUCGCACGCUGGCCUUCGCAUACCCCUACAUGUUCGACAACAUUCCAUUAUUCUACAGGAUAUUCCUGUGCUCUGGAGAGGGCUGCACUGACAACGAGACGAACGCCCUGCACUACAGACACACAGCCCUCGCCUUCCUCACCUGCUUCCUCUUCACUACGCACCUCCCCGAGAGACUCGCGCCCGGGAGUUUCGACUUCUUCGGACACAGUCACCAGCUUUUCCAUAUCUGUGCAGUUCUUGGCACACAUUUCCAGAUGGAGGCUAUAAUGAUGGACAAGACGAUCCGACGUGCCUGGCUCCUGAACCACGCUCCCGCCACCACUUUCACAGGGACUGUAGCUGCUGUUCUAGCCUGUGUCGCAUUAAACCUCUGCGUGAUCCUCGCGUUCUCCUUGGCCACGUGCUGGAAACCAGACUCCAAGAAACUGAGACAAGAAAAGGCCACUACCACGCUGUAUAAUCAGAAAGCUUUAUGAAUGUUUCUUCCAAGAAAGGGACACA